GCGCGGCUCGGCCGGGACCCGCGAGCCCGGCGCCUGCACCUCAGCGCGCCCAGAAAUGAGGCAGUUGUGAUUUCGGGAAGGAAACUGGCACGGCAGAUCAGGCAGGAAGCCCGACACGAGGUUGAACAGUGGGUGGCUGCCGGGAACAAGAGGCCCCAUCUCAGUGUGGUUCUGGUCGGUGAGAACCCUGCCAGUCACUCCUACGUCCUCAACAAAACCAAGGCUGCUGCCGAUGUUGGAAUCAGCAGUGAAACCAUCCUGCGGCCAGCCUCUGUCACCGAGGAGGAGCUACUUGACUUAAUUGGGAAGCUGAAUGAUGACACCAAUGUAGAUGGCCUGCUGGUGCAGCUUCCCUUGCCUGAGCAUAUUGAUGAGCGCAAGAUCUGCAAUGCUGUGACACCGGACAAAGAUGUGGAUGGUUUUCACGUGAUAAACGUGGGACGUAUGUGCCUGGACCAAUAUACCAUGCUGCCAGCCACCCCAUGGGGGGUGUGGGAAAUCAUUAAGAGAACUGGGAUCCCGACCUUGGGGAAGAACGUCGUUGUGGCUGGCAGAUCCAAGAAUGUGGGCAUGCCAAUAGCCAUGCUGCUGCACACAGACGGCCGACAUGAGCGCCCCGGAGGGGAUGCGACAGUCACAAUAUCGCACCGCUACACUCCUAAGGAGCAACUCAAACAGCACACAAUUCUGGCUGACAUAGUGGUGGCAGCUGCAGGGAUUCCUAACUUGAUCACGGCUGACAUGAUUAAAGAGGGAGCUGCUGUCAUCGACGUUGGGAUCAACAGAGUGCAGGAUCCUGUUACGGCCAAACCCAAACUGGUGGGAGAUGUGGAUUUUGAAGGUGUGAAGAAGAAAGCCAGCUACAUUACUCCAGUGCCCGGUGGCGUGGGACCCAUGACUGUUGCCAUGCUGAUGAAGAACACUAUCAUUGCUGCAAAGAAACUGUUGAAGCCCAAAGAGCUGGAGGCGUUAACAGUGUGACAGUGGGCUCCUCUGCUGACAGCUACAUUCCAAACUGACUCCCCAAAGCAGGCCGAUCGACAUGCAAUAUUUUUAUUUAUGGUACAGCAGUGACCUUACACCUGGGAGGUCUCUAGCUAUUGAUUUUUGUGGGCAGAGCAUUAGCAGGCAGGGGCUUUCAGGGUAUUGAUGCAUGUGCUGCUCCAGUGGUGCAUAAUGAUUCCUAGCACAGCUGCAUUUUUUUUUUAACUGCACCUACUGCAAAUUUGGCCCCUGGUGCAAAGCUCAAGUGACUUGGCUGCCAGGAUGAGCCAGCUGCUAGCCAACUACAUGGUGCGGACCAUAGGUGAGGUGGGUGCCUCUGAAAUCCUGUGGUGGGAUGAGUGCAGUUCCACAGAGCGGCCAAGAUACUAAGAAGGGCUCCUAAGUGCUUGCUGGUGCUACUAAUAGCUUGUUACAGAGCAGCGGGCUCAGCCUCCUCUUGGACAGUAUCAGCCCAUAUUGUGCUCAAGACCUUUUUUUCCACAGAUGUUAUUUCAAAGCAUUACUUGCUUGCAAAACCUCUGUUUUCUAAUCAGCUGGCAUGGCUUGUCACCCUGGUCUCUCCUAGUUGGCAGGCAGGUGAGGAGACAGUGCUGUGCUGGUGCUUUUCCAGUUUUGUUUACCUGUUGCAAAGCACAAAGGUGCUCACAGUGGCCUUCGCUGUGCCAUGCUUUCCAGGAUUACAGUGCAAGGCACAGAAAUGGGUAGUGCUUACUCCAGGUUGACUCAAAUUAAAGUUCUUGAAACAAAAAUG